AUGCUUUUCUUCAGCUUCUUCAAGACCCUUACGAAUCAGACUGUUACCAUCGAGCUCAAGAAUGACAUUCGUAUCCGCGGUAUCCUAAAGUCAGUCGAUCAAUACCUCAACAUCAAGCUCGACGAUAUCGAAGUUUUGGACUUGGACAAGUACCCGCAUCUGUCGUCCGUCAAGAACAUGUUCAUCCGUGGCAGUGUUGUCCGCUAUGUGAUGCUACCCCGGUCAGAGGUGGAUGUUGGUUUGCUGGAGGAUGCUACACGGCGGGAGGCCGCCAACCAGGCCGGCAAGGCCCGGUAA